UCUUAGUGCAAAUUUUAUCCUCCGGCUACUCUAUACAAAAAAAAAACUAUUGUGAAUGAUUAUUAAUUUUGACACUUGGAAAAUAAUCUUUUUGUGCUGUGCAACACGCAGGAAAUUUUUGCGAGUCUUAAAUUUUUAUUUUUGGUGUAAAAAAACGAUUCCGUCAUGAAAAUCAUCUACAAUACUUUGUUCAAAAGAACUUCCACCUAUGCUGUAGCCAUUAUGGGUUCAGUGUUCUUCUUUGAACGCGCAUUUGAUGUGAUUUCCGAUCAAAUUUUCGUGUCUGCCAACAAAGGCAAACUCUGGAAUGACAUCAAACACAAAUACGAAUAAAUUUAGCUAAAAUUAUUGUAUUAAGUUUAAAAAAAAUGUGCAAAAAGAAAAUAAUAAAAAUACACCAGAAAUAAAUUUCGAAAGAAUUUAUUAAAACAAAAA